AUGGCUUUUGGGUUUGCAGAGAUGGAGAUGGGUGUGAUGGUUCUGUUUCAGAGAUGGUUCGGGUUUGCUGGAGGCAAUGGCAAAGGGCUUCUUCGAUGGUUCUGCGAUGGAGGUUGGUGUAAAUGGGAUGGGGUGUGCGAUAGGGUGUGUCUGCAAGAGGAGAGAAUUUUCGGUGGGGUGUGGCUGAAAAGGAAGGGGGUUUUCGGUGGAUGGUUAGGGAAUGGAGUUUAUGAGGGCAAUUUAGGGUUAAAAAAGGGGUUUAAUGAGUAA